AUGGCCGCCCUUAUGCAAGACAGCGUUGUGUUGUUUGGAGACUCUCUUACCGCGGCCGUCAAUGUGAAUGGAACGCUAGACUUUCGCAUGAACAAGGUGUACUCGCGCCGUCUGGACAUUGUAAACCGCGGUUAUGGCGGCUACAACACCCCCAUGGCCCGUGACAUCUUUGACGACAUCUUUGCCAAGCGGGACACUCCAGCGACUCCCGUCCGUCUCUUGACUCUGUGGUUUGGCACGAACGACUCUACCCUCCCGCCCAACACGCGUUAUGUCACUGUGGAAAAGUUUGUGGAACACAUGGACUUCUUCCUCGAGUCCUUUACAUCACCAAACUCGCCGUACGCCAUCGCCCAUGGACCGCCACUGUCCAUCAUCUUGAUUACGCCUCCCCACCCGUACCGCACUCCCGAGGGGAUGGAGCCGAUGGAGCAGGAGCGGUUUGACCGCCUCAAGCAGUUCCGCGAUGCUGUUCUGGACAUUGGCAAGCGAUGGAAGGCCAAGGAGGAUGGUGCUCGGUGGAAGAUUGCGACCAUCGACUUCUGGAGUGUGCUCCUCAAGGCGGCGGACGGAGACGAGGACAAGCUCAAGCCGUUCUUCCUCGACUAUGUCCACUUCACGGCUGAGGGCUACGUUGUUCUUUGGGACGCUGUUAGGGAGGUAAUUGGCACCGAGUUCCAAGGCCGGGGCAUCGACUGGCGUGAAGAUGAUGACCUCCCCAUGACACACCCUUGGUAA